GUACAGUCGCACGAGCUAAAUACAUUAGCUAGGUAUAUCUGGUGAACGAACUUUUGGAGAUGUGCGAGAUCUAAUCAGACGAAGAGCAGACCAGAUUCUCCGACCGCAGAGUUGUUACCCGCAUAUGAUGUCUCCUGAUACCCCUCCCGACUCCCCCCAGUCAUCCGCAGCGGCCCUCCUGCCGUCAUCGCUCAUGGCCGUCCACAAGGACCGUUUUGAAGCAGAAUUCGGCCGGGAGAAACGGAGCGAACGUGCUCAUAGGCCUCAUGUCUAUGAGGAUACCGAAUGGGUCGAGGAUGACCUUGAAGACCGCGUCCAACUCAUCGGGAGCUCCCUAAACCGUGAUAUGAAUCGCCUAAACCUGUUGCUCCAAAAGGACCGUAACGACGCCAGGCAAAUAAGUGGCUGGCAGGCCCGCAUCGACCAUCUGGAGCGAGAAUUAAAAGCUUCUAAUGCGGAACGAGAUGCAUUACGCAUAGCUCUUGAAGAGUCGCAGAGCCGUUCGGCUCAAGAGAAGGAUAUCGCACGCCAUCAGGAAACGCUGCAAAAACAGCUCAGUGAGAUGCAAAAUCAAGUCCAGACCCUGAACAAAAAAGCGGAGUGCCAGGCGGCAAUGCUCACGAAGAAGGAUACCUUGCUUCAGAAGCACACAAAAGCCUCGAAUCUGAAGGCGCAAAAGGAGAAGACUCAGCUGGAGGAGGCCCUUGAAAAAGCUAAGCGGCGGGCCGCUGAUGUACAGAAAAAUGCCCGAAACGCUGAGAGCGAGCGUGACAGGACGCAGAAAACUUUGGAGGAAACUAAGAAAAAGCUUAUGUCGUCACGGCAUAAGCGAUCCAUUGUCGAAGAUCAAUGCAAGACACUCGAGAAACAAAUCAAAGAGCUGAAAGAUGAACUGUCGAAGAAGAAAGAGAAGAAACGGCGGUACUUUUGGUAGAGAUUGGAGAAGGUAUUGGCGGAAUAUUUACCUUGGCCACCAAUCCAGCAUCCACGGCAAAUGUGUUACAAAAAAGAAAAAAAAAAAAGAGACGACCUUAGCAGCGAAAUUUUGCUUUCUACAACACCAUAUCUCUCGGGUUUGAUGACGCCCUUUGUCUAUUUAUUUCCUGUCUUCCAUUCUGGAACUUGUUCGCCAUGUACAUCGCAUAAAAUUGUACAACCCGAUGUUGAACUCAAUCGCAAGUACCACCCAGAACAGUUCUAUUACACCUACUGUGCUAUGUAAAUCACAUGCAGACCUUAGCGCCUUGCAUUAACAAUUUAACCUUGAGGAUCGGUCAAGCAAUUUUACGCA